AACGUCAUCAAAAUCCGACAUGGCGGCUCGCUGAUUCACUGCGACAGUACAGCACAGACGUGUUUGCUAAUACAACUUGGUUUUCGGUUCGAGCGGUUCGGACGCCGCUUUCUCCUUCUCUGUUUUGACUGCAAUGAAUCCAAUAAUUAGACGGACACUUCCUCGGUCAGUGAGGACUCUUCUGACAGACAUCGGUCCAAAGGACGAGUGGCCGGAGGAAGCGGAGGAUGCCUCGGCGGCCAGCAGAGAUGGCAUCCUGCUCCCCGGAAGAGGGGCAUCUUCUGGACAGGAGGAAUUUAUCACUCAGGCUUCGGCUGAUGGAAAGAUCUCCAAAGUGUGCAUGCUGUGCAACUGCAAGCCUGCGUGUUACACUUGCCCUAGGUGCAACUUGCAUUACUGCGGCGUGGCUUGCUACCGCAGCCCAGAUCACUCGGUGUGCUCAGAGGAGUUCUACAAGGAGGCUGUCUUUGAGGAGUUGAAAAACAUGGCGGCAACAGACCAAGAGGGAAAGAAGAAAAUGCAUGAGAUUCUUCUCGGACUGAGACAAAAGGCUCAAGUGACAAAUGGAGGAAUAGAAAGCGUGUUAAGAGAAGCCGAGAUGGAGCAAGACGACGGUGUUGAGGCUGUGGAGCUGCUGUCCAAAUUAGCUGAGCUUCAGGAAUCGGGAGAAGAUAGUAUGGGGGAGAUCGAGAACUUCACGAGAACCUUGGAAGAUCAGGAAGCAGAUGAGGAGCCGUCGGAAAGCGUGGGCCAAAAUCUGUCGGAGCUUGACCUCGACAAGCUCUCAGAAGAGGAGCUGUGGGCGCUCCUUGACAACGGGGAAAAGGAGAAGUUCACCGGUUUGCUUAGGCAGGGCGCUCUGAGCCGGUUGAUCCCCGUGUGGAGGCCUUGGUGGGAGGAACACGACGAGGCAGGGAGAACACUGGUGGAGUUGCUGGAGGAGGGAGUUCAGAAUCCAGACCAACAAGUGAAUAAGAGCAAGGAUAAAACGCCAAGCUCUGCGGUCUCUGGUGUUCCUGCGAUUUUUGCAAAAAUCCCCAAACUGAGUUCCUUGUGUCCAAAUCCAUCUCCAUUGGUCUGCUACAGUGUGAUCAACGCUCUCUAUUGCUAUACUUUCACAUUGCAGCUCCUCAAUGGUGACGCUGACUCGCUCCUCUUUGAGUUCUGUGACACCAUGCUCGCGUUGUCUGAGGCCCUGAGCUCCAGCAAGGUUUUCAACUCCGUUAAAGAGGCCAUACACAGCGGAGAGACACUCAUCUUAAGAGGAGGGUAUCUCAACAAGCAAGAAUCGCACGCCACAGACUUGGCGGUCGAAGCCACCGCUCACGUCCUGACGGGUAGAGACAAAGAGGACGCCACGGGAUACAUCCUGGCGGCCUUGAGUCAAAUACGAUCGGCGCUCUCUCGAGCCAGAGCCUCUCUCUCAAAGAAGGGAGAAGAAGGAGCAAAGAGACAGAAAUACUUCCUGGCUUCCAAGAAGUGUGAAUUCCUUCAGGCUUGGACUCUGGAUCAUUCGUGUCAUACUCGUGGGUUGGCUUUGGAGCUGUGGAACGAGCACAGUCAGCGAGCGAGGCGAAGGAAAAGUGUGGAGGAAACAAAGAUGCUAGUUGCGGAGAGCUUUAAAAAAGAAAAGAGGAAAGUUCAUGGUACGUUGAUACAGGAGUUAAAUUAGCGGCUUUUCUAAAGGUUUGUGAUAUAAUAAACAAAAAAAGUGUGAAUAAUUGUAUGCUUGUAUGGAUGAAUAAAGUGCAUAACUGGUGAACCCUUA